AUGGGCUCCGUCGCAAACCUCCCCAAGUCCGGCACUUUUCUUUUCACCUCCGAGUCCGUCGGAGAGGGUCACCCCGAUAAGAUUGCUGACCAGGUCUCUGAUGCCAUCCUCGAUGCCUGCCUUGCUGAGGAUCCUCUCUCUAAGGUCGCUUGUGAGACCGCCACCAAGACUGGUAUGGUCAUGGUCUUUGGUGAAAUCACUACCAAGGCCCAGCUUGACUACCAGAAGGUCAUCCGUGGUGCCAUCCAGGAUAUCGGCUAUGAUUCUUCCGAGAAGGGUUUCGACUACAAGACCUGCAACGUCUUGGUCGCCAUUGAGCAGCAGUCCCCUGAUAUCGCCCAGGGUCUUCACUAUGAUGAGGCCCUCGAGAAGCUCGGUGCUGGUGACCAGGGUAUCAUGUUCGGUUAUGCUACCGACGAGACCCCUGAGCUCCUCCCUUUGACUGUCAUCCUUUCCCACAAGCUCAACAAGGCCAUGACUGAUGCUCGUAAAAAUGGCACCAUCCCCUGGCUCCGCCCUGACACCAAGACCCAGGUCACCAUUGAGUACGCCCACGACAACGGUGCUGUCAAGCCCCUGCGUGUCGACACCGUUGUCAUCUCUGCCCAGCACAGCGAUGAUCUCUCCACUGAGGAGAUCCGUGUCGCUCUCAAGGAGAAGAUCAUCAAGCAGGUCAUUCCUGCUGAGCUCCUCGACGACCGUACUGUUUACCACCUCCAGCCCUCCGGCCGCUUCGUCAUCGGUGGUCCCCAGGGUGACGCCGGUCUGACCGGCCGUAAGAUCAUUGUCGACACCUACGGUGGCUGGGGUGCUCACGGUGGUGGUGCUUUUUCCGGCAAGGAUUACUCCAAGGUCGAUCGUUCCGCCGCCUACGUUGCCCGCUGGGUCGCUAAGUCCCUGGUCAACGCUGGUCUUGCUCGUCGUGCCCUUGUCCAGCUCUCCUACGCCAUUGGUGUCGCUGAGCCCCUCUCCGUCUUCGUUGAGACCUACGGUACUUCCCAGAAGUCCUCCGAGGAGCUCGUCCAGAUCGUCCGCAACAACUUUGACCUCCGUCCCGGUGUCAUUGUCAAGGAGCUCGAUCUGGCCAAGCCCAUCUACUUCCAGACCGCCAAGAACGGUCACUUCACCAACCAGGAGUUCUCCUGGGAGAAGCCUAAGACCCUCAAGUUCUAA